CACGAACUGCCACUCAUCCGGGAGUGGGGACGGAAAACGCUGCAUCUCUCUCUCUCUCCUCCGGUGGGUGGGCGUGCGUUUUAGCCCCCCACACCGUGCGACUCUUCCGUCCGGGCCACUCUGAUCUGGACGGACGGAGACUCGGAGACGCCGCGCGCUGGGGAGAUAAUGUCCCAUUCGCCCCUUUGAGCUUCGACUGAGCGCAGGACCCCCGAGAUGCUGCUGUUGACUCUGCUGUUAUGCGUCUGCCCGCGUGUGCUGGGAGAACUGGACGAAUCCCAGUUCGAAGACGUUGCGGAUUCCGACUUGGCGGACUUCGAUUUAGACGUUGCACCGCGCAGGGUCCCUCGACAGGUGAAAACUAUAUUAUCCAAGGAGACCAAACCUCACAUCCAGGAGCUCUCCAUCAAGACCACCAUCAUCUCCCGCUACGCCUUCACCGCGGUGUACUGCGCCAUGCUCAACCGGCACUCCGCCGCCACCGAGGGCGUCUUCCAGUUUCCGAUCCCCGCUGACGCCUACGUCUCCAACUUCACCAUGAUCAUCGGAGGGCGUGUCUACCAGAGCGAGGUCAGGCCGAAGGAGAAGAGGGUCAAACAGGCGAACGGCAAACCCAGGAACAAAGGGUCAGGUGGCGCAAGUCCUGAGCCGCAGGUGGAGGUGUUCAGGAUGGCGGCCAACAUACCGGGUAGGAACCGGGCGGUCUUCCUGCUCACCUACGAGGAGCUUCUGCAGCGCCGCCUGGGACGCUACGAGCACACGACCCGCCUGCGGCCGCUGCAGCUGGUCAGCCGCCUCAGCCUGGACGUCACCGUCGCCGACCACUCCCUCAUCACGGACCUGCAGGUUUUGCCGCUCCGCAACGGCCGGAGCAGCGCAAAUGUGCCUAAUGCACCCAAGAUACCAGCCAAACCCGAGCCUCCCGUCACCACUGUGAUCAAAAACGAAAACAACAUCUGCAAGAUCACCUUUAGCCCCAACAUCGUCCAACAGGCCAAGAUCACCACCAACGGCAUCCUGGGAGACUUUGUGAUCCGCUACGAUGUCCAAAGAGACAUGGGGAUAGGAGACAUUCAGGUGCUAAACGGCCAUUUUGUCCACUACUUCGCACCCAAAGACCUGCCUGUCGUGCCAAAGAAUGUGGUGUUUGUGAUCGACACCAGUGCCUCCAUGCUGGGGACAAAGAUCAGACAGACCAAAGACGCUCUGUUCACCAUUCUGAGGGAUUUGCGUCCCGGCGAUCGCUUCAACUUCAUUAGCUUCUCCAAUAGGAUCAAAGUUUGGCAGCCCAACCGUCUGGUUCCGGUCACACCUCUUACUGUCAGAGACGCCAAGAAGUUUAUAUUCACGCUGAUGCCCACAGGAGGCACGAACAUCGAUGGUGCCAUCCAGACUGGCUCCUCUCUGCUUAGUGAUUACCUCUCGGGCCCCGACGCCAGCCCGAACAGCGUGUCCCUCAUUAUUUUCUUGACGGACGGGCGGCCGACUGUUGGGGAGAUCCAGUCCACGUUGAUUCUGGGGAACACCCGCUCAGCCGUGCAAGAGAAGUUUUGCAUCUUCACCAUCGGGAUUGGGAAUGACGUGGAUUAUCGGCUGCUGGAACGCAUGGCCCUGGAAAACUGUGGGAUGAUGAGACGCAUCAACGAGGAGGCCGACGCCAGCGCUAUGCUCAAAGGGUUCUAUGAUGAGAUAGGAACUCCUCUGCUGUCUGACAUAAGGAUCAACUACACACAGGACUCUGUACAGUACGUCACUCAGCAUCUGUUCACCAACUACUUCAAUGGUUCUGAGAUUGUGAUCGCUGGAAAGCUCACCAACCAAAGUGCAGAAUCCCUUCACGUCCAGGUUACUGCCAGCAACAACGACAAAAGCAUCGUCCUGGAGACAGAUGUGCCCCUGCAGCACCGACAAAUUGAGACUGAGAAAAAUGUGAAGGCAGCUACAGCAGCAAUGGCAUCCGGUGCUAAGGCUCCAGGGUCAGGGGGUGCACAGGCAUUAGGGGCUGCCCUGAGUUCAUUAGCAGAAGACUUUGUGGAACGUGUCUGGGGUUUCCUGAGUGUCAAGGAGGGGCUGCGGUUGCGGCUGCGCAGCCAAACCAGCAAGGAGAGGGAAGACCACACUCAUCAGGCCACUAACCUCUCCCUGACCUACCACCUUCUCACUCCUCUCACCAACCUGGUGGUGGAGAAGCCUGAGGCCCUGGCUGACGGCACAGUGGCCACCAUCCCCCCGGCAGCUGGUGAGGCUAUGGCAACUGCCAACGAGCUGCCAGGUGACACAGAGGACGGAGAGCCACAGGAACCCGACGGGAAGCCAGGCAGCCAGACUUCAUCUCUUGGCAACACAAUUGGUAAAACUGAAAGGAGACCGGCCAAGAAAUCCAUCACCAUCUCCAAAACAUCAGCGGAUGGUGACCCUCACUUUGUGGUGGAGUUCCCCCUCAGUAAACUGACCGUGUGCUUUAACAUCAACGGGGAGCCUGGACACGUCCUUCGCCUGGUCUCUGACCACAAGUACUCCGGUGUGACGGUGAACGGUAAGCUAAUCGGCGCCCCAGCCCCGCCGGGCAGCCACAAGCAGCAGCGUACCUACUUCAGCACCAUCACCGUGGUGGUGGAUCACCCCAAACGUGCCUACAUCGAGGUGACCCCAAAGAAAGUCAUCCUGGACGGUCGAGACCGCAUGGUUCUGCCCUGCCACUCCACUGUUGCAGUGGACAGCGGUGCGCUGUCAGUGUCCAUUGUGGGAAAGUCUAACGUGACGGUGACAGUUGGAGGGAACAUCAGCUUCGUGAUCUUGCUGCAUCAGUACAAGAACCCCGCUCCCUACCAGACAGACCAUCUGGGGUUCUACAUCGGUAACAGCAAGGGGCUGUCCCACAACUGCCAUGGCCUGCUGGGUCAGUUCCUGUACGAGGAAGUGGGACUGGCAGAGCUUCCUGCACAGGGAGACACGAAACCCGCUCCGGUCCUGAAGGUGAGGGACCGCUCGGUGCCGGUGGUUCAGAAGAGCCGGCGGAUCUUCAGCGGGACGCAGAGCGUGGACUGUUGGUUCGCCAGAAAUAACGCAGCCAAGCUGAUCGACGGACAGUAUGAGGACUAUUUGAUGUCACACAUGUUCGAUACAGGGGACUGGCCACAGGGUACGAACAGAGUGUGAGAUGACAGCCAUGAACUGUAGUGCGGCAUUCAGUUAUUCAACUUAACUCCUUUUACCCUGUAUCCAUAAUUAUCACACCGCAGUAGAUCCAAAUGGUUCCAAACGUCAAAACUUCACAUUUCAAUUCUCUUUACUCAAAGUCCUCUCACCUGAAUAUAUUUUUUUACUAUUUCUAAUAGAAAUGUAAUGCUUUAAUUAUAUAUGUAUUAUUUUUUAGAAUAAUUUUGUAACUGUAAAUAAAACAUUUAAACCCAAAU